UCGCCUCGUCGACCGGUCGGCCACGCGCUUUGCUACUCACACAGUGCGCAGGACUCGGCCGACUCAGGCUGGGUUCUGAGAUAGGCCCAGGCUGGACAGUCGGUCGAUGCAAGCGGACGAGGCGUUGCCGCCAGUCUUGUGUGAUGCGCACACCCACUUUCUGCCGAAGCGGCUCGCCAGCAAAGUGAGGAGCUUCUUCGAGGAUUACGGCCUAGCAAGUCAGGCCUCUGCCUGUUGCUCCUCAGACUCGACGCCCGGACUGUAUCCCGUGCAAGAAGAUGAUCUACUCGCCGAACUCAUCGCAGACGCAGAUCAGCCCAGGAGAUGCUGGUCCCUGCCCUACGCGCACAAGGCCGGCAUGGCACACUCUCUGAACGAGCAGAUGACCAAGCUCGCGACGGAGCUCAGCAGCAAGAGCAAAGGCAAGCUGAUUGUCCAGCCUGGCUUCACUGUCCAUCCGCUGGACGGUUCGGAGGGUGUACGGCAGACGGCUCAAGUCGCGCUUGCUACUGGCAGCAGAGUAUGCAAGCUGCAUUGUUCGGUCUCGCGUCUGAGCGUGCUCGAUGGUAAUCUGGCGCCGCUGUGGGAGCUGGCUCAAGCCCAUCGCUUCCCGACCGUUGUGCAUGUUGGCACGUCCAUCAUGGGCGUCACCGAGAGCGAAGAAUUGGCAGAGAUUGAUGAGCUGGCCGGUCGAUACCCAGACGCGAUCGUGGUCAUCGCAGCACACUCUGGCCAUCCGGCGGUGCGGCGAUCGAUCGAACUUGCGAGGAAGCACAACAAUGUCUAUCUAGACACCACGCCCGUCGUCGUCUCGCUCGUCGAUUUUCCAGACAUGCGCGACGAGCCCGAGCUGCAUGAGAAGCUGCUGCAACUCGCCAGGCAGGGUCGCGUGCUGUUCGGGUCUGAUGUGCCAAACGUCGCCAUCCGAGUAGAGGAUCAAGUGAGAGAUGUCGUCAGAUGGACAUCAGGAGACUCGGUUGCGCUCGACAUGAUCCUCGGGGGAGCUGCGAAGAAGCUGCUCGAUGGCUUCCUGCCGCCAUUGCAGGGGAGUAGCGGCAAGCUAUGAGACAUCAUUCACGCUCGGGUAAGCGAGACUUGAGGUAGCUUUGCAAGUCCUCGAGACUGCCUGCUAGCGCGCCCACCGAUAGGCCGAGGAG